AUGGGAGGUCAGGGUCAAAUGCUUUCUUCUCUAGCCAUCAUGGGAGGUCAGGGUCAAAUGCUUUCUUCUCUAGCCAUCAUGGGAGGUCAGGGUCAAAUGCUUUCUUCUCUAGCCAUCAUGGGAGGUCAGGGUCAAAUGCUUUCUUCUCUAGCCAUCAUGGGAGGUCAGGGUCAAAUGCUUUCUUCUCUAGCCAUCAUGGGAGGUCAGGGUCAAAUGCUUUCUUCUCUAGCCAUCAUGGGAGGUCAGGGUCAAAUGCUUUCUUCUCUAGCCAUCAUGGGAGGUCAGGGUCAAAUGCCUUCUUCUCUAGCCAUCAUGGGAGGUCAGGGUCAAAUGCUUUCUUCUCUAGCCAUCAUGGGAGGUCAGGGUCAAAUGCUUUCUUCUCUAGCCAUCAUGGGAGGUCAGGGUCAAAUGCCUUCUUCUCUAGCCAUCAUUGGAGGUCAGGGUCAAAUGCUUUCUUCUCUAGCCAUCAUGGGAGGUCAGGGUCAAAUGCUUUCUUAUCUAGCCAUCAUGGGAGGUCAGGGUCAAAUGCUUUCUUCUCUAGCCAACAUGGGAGGUCAGGGUCAAAUGCCUUCUUCUCUAGCCAUCAUGGGAGGUCAGGGUCAAAUGCUUUCUUCUCUAGCCAUUAUUGGAGGUCAGGAUCAAAUGCUUUCUUCUCUAGCCAUCAUGGGAGGUCAUGGUCAAAUGCUUUCUUCUCUAGCCAUCAUGGGAGGUCAGGGUCAAAUGCUUUCUUCUCUAGCCAUCAUGGGAGGUCAGGGUCAAAUGUUUUCUUCUCUAGCCAUCAUGGGAGGUCAGGGUCAAAUGUUUUCUUCUCUAGCCAUCAUGGGAGGUCAGGGUCAAAUGCUUUCUUCCCUAGCCAUCAUGGGAGGUCAGGGUCAAAUGCCUUCUUCUCUAGCCAUCAUGGGAGGUCAGGGUCAAAUGCUUUCUUCUCUAGCCAUCAUGGGAGGUCAGGGUCAAAUGCCUUCUUCUCUAGCCAUCAUGGGAGGUCAGGGUCAAAUGCCUUCUUCUCUAGCCAUCAUUGGAGGUCAGGGUCAAAUGCCUUCUUCUCUAGCCAUCAUGGGAGGUCAGGGUCAAAUGCCUUCUUCUCUAGCCAUCAUGGGAGGUCAGGGUCAAAUGCUUUCUUCUCUAGCCAUCAUGGGAGGUCAGGGUCAAAUGCCUUCUUCUCUAGCCAUCAUGAGAGGUCAGGGUCAAAUGCUUUCUUCUCUAGCCAUCAUGGGAGGUCAGGGUCAAAUGCCUUCUUCUCUAACCAUCAUUGGAGGUCAGGGUCAAAUGCCUUCUUCUCUAGCCAUCAUGGGAGGUCAGGGUCAAAUGCUUUCUUCUCUAGUCAUCAUGGGAGGUCAGGGUCAAAUGCUUUCUUCUCUAGCCAUCAUGGGAGGUCAGGGUCAAAUGCCUUCUUCUCUAGCCAUCAUGGGAGGUCAGGGUCAAAUGCUUUCUUCUCUAGCCAUCAUGGGAGGUCAGGGUCAAAUGCUUUCUUCUCUAGCCAUCAUGGGAGGUCAGGGUCAAAUGCUUUCUUCUCUAGCCAUCAUGGGAGGUCAGGGUCAAAUGCUUUCUUCUCUAGCCAUCAUGGGAGGUCAGGGUCAAAUGCUUUCUUCUCUAGCCAUCAUGGGAGGUCAGGGUCAAAUGCUUUCUUCUCUAGCCAUCAUGGGAGGUCAGGGUCAAAUGCUUUCUUCUCUAGCCAUCAUGGGAGGUCAGGGUCAAAUGCUUUCUUCUCUAGCCAUCAUGGGAGGUCAGGGUCAAAUGCCUUCUUCUCUAGCCAUCAUGGGAGGUCAGGGUCAAAUGCUUUCUUCUCUAGCCAUCAUGGGAGGUCACGGUCAAAUGCUUUCUUCUCUAGCCAUCAUGGGAGGUCAGGGUCAAAUGCUUUCUUCUCUAGCCAUCAUGGGAGGUCAGGGUCAAAUGCCUUCUCUAGCCAUCAUGGGAGGUCAGGGUCAAAUGCCUUCUCUAGCCAUCAUGGGAGGUCAGGGUCAAAUGCUUUCUUCUCUAGCCAUCAUGGGAGGUCAGGGUCAAAUACUUUCUUCUCUAGCCAUCAUGGGAGGUCAGGGUCAAAUGCUUUCUUCUCUAGCCAUCAUGGGAGGUCAGGGUCAAAUGCUUUCUUCUCUAGCCAUCAUGGGAGGUCAGGGUCAAAUGCUUUCUUCUCUAGCCAUCAUGGGAGGUCAGGGUCAAAUGCUUUCUUCUCUAGCCAUCAUGGGAGGUCAGGGUCAAAUGCUUUCUUCUCUAGCCAUCAUGGGACGUGAGCAAAAUUCUUAUCUAAAAUAA